GGAGUUGUGGUCCGGCGACGCGCAGCAUUGCAGCGGCAGCUACGGGCUCCGCGCCUGCUUUGUCUGUCUGCGGGCGCGCGCCGCUGCGGUAUUCCAGACCAGCCCAUGGAAGAAUCAUAUGAAGAGGCGGUGAUCAAAGUCAUCAAGCAGGAGUGGACAUGUUUGGGUUUCCAACAGCUACCCUGCUGGACUGUCAUGGAAGAUAUGCCCAGAAUGUAGCAUUUUUCACAUAUUGGUGCAUCUUACAUGACUUCCCUCUCGUUUUACCAGAUGUGAUGACAGAAGCCCACAAGUAUGACCCUUCAGAGGCCUCGGGAUCCUCGAGCUGGGAUUUCCAGAGUUCUUUCAGAAGAGAGAAGCUGGAACAAAAAUCCCCAGAUUCUAAGGCACUCCAGGAAGACUCACCUGGAGUGAGACAGAAGGUCUAUGAUUGCCAGGAGUGUGGGAAGUCUUUCCGCCAGAAAGGUAGUCUAACAUUGCACGAGAGAAUCCACACUGGUCAGAAGCCCUUUGAGUGCACCCAGUGUGGAAAAAGCUUCAGGGCCAAAGGCAAUCUAGUUACACAUCAGCGAAUACACACAGGAGAGAAGCCCUAUCAGUGCAAAGAGUGUGGGAAAAGCUUUAGUCAGCGAGGCAGUCUAGCUGUCCACGAGAGACUCCACACUGGACAGAAACCCUAUGAAUGUGCCAUUUGCCAGAGAAGCUUCAGGAAUCAAAGUAACCUUGCUGUUCACCGAAGAGUUCACAGUGGUGAGAAGCCCUAUAGAUGUGACCAGUGUGGAAAAGCUUUCAGUCAGAAAGGAAGCUUAAUUGUGCACAUCAGAGUUCACACAGGUCUGAAGCCCUAUGCGUGUUCCCACUGCAGGAAGAGCUUCCACACCAGGGGCAAUUGUAUUCUGCAUGGAAAAAUCCACACGGGAGAGACACCCUAUCUCUGUGGCCAAUGUGGGAAAAGUUUCACUCAGAGAGGGAGCCUGGCUGUGCACCAACGAAGCUGCUCACAACGGCUCACUCUGUAAGCACUCUCUUCAAAGGAAGUUCUUCUUACAGAUUAAGAGUACAAAACCCUCAGUAAUCAAGACUUUAUCCAGUGUCUUAGGGUAAGUUGAAGUUCUUUCAGAAGGACCAGCAUUUGAUAGGGCAAACUGACUUUUUCCCUUUCCCCCAAAUGAAUAUGAAAAAUAAAUGUCCUGUUUAUCAUUAU